CGGCAAAAGGGGAUUAUUCAAAGUGCCGAAAACCUCCUCCCGGGAUCGAGCGCAGCGUCACCCCCAGGCCAGGGGCACCUCUGGUGGGGCAGAAGGUGAUUGAAUUAGCCAGAUAUGAAGAUCAUCUUCUAGGUUCUGUGUAAAAAGGUCCCCGGAUAUUUGAAGUGGCCAGUUUUGGAAUUACAAUGGUCUUGGAUAUUUUUGCCUCAGAAGUUUAUUAAAAUUGGCGAAGCAGCAUCACCAAAGUGAAUUGAUAAUAGCAAACAAUUCAUUACACUACGUAAAGAGACCAGGCAUUUCUUCGUGUUUUGGCGUCAAACGGAUUAUAUAACCGGUGUUUCAGCUGGUGGAAUUUUUGCUUCUUACCCCUUGCCCCCUGUUGGUGUUCUUCAGCCAAACUGUAAGAUAUGUUUGAUUUGUGUACUGAGUAGUUUUCAACAGUUUCAAAUUACUGUUUAAAUAUUAAAGUUUCGUGGUAGUUUAUUUUUACAUUUACUUAAAGUUUUAGGAAUUUUUGAUCUUACCCUUUUUCUUCUCAUAAUGGGACAGCUUUUCUAAAUGAAGACAUUGAAAGAAAACAGAGUUUUUUUCCUUUUAUCUUUUAUUUACAUGGAAAUGUAAGAUGUUGCAGUUUCCCAGCAGUAUGGUAGUAUUGAGAUAGCUGUGUCUCCGUUUAUGUGCUCAUGUUUAGGAAUGCUCUUCAGAUGUGAAAUUUUCUUUUAGUUUUUGAUUUUUUUGUAUCAUAAAUUGGAUAUUUCGUGUGGAGUGGAUAAGUACAACGGUGACAAGUACAUGGAAUAAUAAAGAAGACUGGCCUCAAGACUUAUAAAUCUUAAAUUCAAGGAACUUGGCUAAUUUUGGCGAUAGCCAUAUGAAAACUUUACAGAAAUAUGGGUAGCUGACUUGAAGUAACUCUAUGUCAAAUAGUCAUAGGCUAAGUAUCUUCAAAGAACUUGGAAAUUACUUCAGAGGAUACAAAAUAAAAAAACAAACUGGAAAACAUAAAGAUUCCAGGGGGAAAACCAGCACCUUCCUGUGCAGUCCUGUUGGAAUUUGGACUUGCCAUGAGGUGUUGAAGCCUUGUUUCACUGAGUCGGAGAGACUGGACCUAAAUGGCGCAGCAUGACUUUGCUCCAGCCUGGCUUAAUUUUCCUACUCCACCAUCAUCAACAAAGUCAUCAUUGAAUUUUGAGAAACAUUCUGAAAACUUUUCAUGGACAGAAAAUCGCUAUGAUGUGAAUCGUCGGCGACACAACUCUUCAGAUGGCUUUGAUUCUGGCAUUGGGCGCCCUAAUGGAGGUAAUUUUGGAAGGAAAGAAAAAAAUGGAUGGCGUACACAUGGAAGAAAUGGUACUGAAAAUGUAAAUCAUAGAGGAGGAUACCAUGGUGGAAGUUCCCGUUCUCGUAGCAGUAUUUUCCAUUCUGGAAAAAACCAAGGACUACAUGAAAGUAAUAUGCCCGACAAUGAAACUGGCAGGAAAGAAGACAAGAGAGAACGAAAACAGUUUGAAGCUGAGGACUUUCCAUCUUUAAAUCCUGAGUAUGAGAGAGAACCAAAUCAGAAUAAAUCUUUAGCUGCAGGUGUAUGGGAAUAUCCUCCGAAUCCAAAACCUAGAGCUCCAAGAAUGCUGGUCAUUAAGAAAGGUAAUUCAAAAGACUUACAGCUAUCUGGAUUCCCAGUAGUGGGAAAUCUUCCAUCACAGCCAGUUAAGAAUGGGACUGGUCCAAGUGUUUAUAAAGGCUUAGUCCCGAAACCUGCUGCUCCACCUACAAAACCUACACAAUGGAAAAGCCAAACUAAAGAAAAUAAAGGUGGACCAUCUUUCUCGCAUGAGUCUUCAUAUGGUGUUGGCAACUUUAAUGCUUUCAAAUCGACUACAAAGAAUUUUAGUCCAUCAACAAAUUCUGUGAAAGAGUGUAAUCGUUCAAAUUCCUCUUCACCUGUUGACAAACUUAAUCAGCAACCUCGUUUAACCAAACUGACACGAAUGCGUACCGACAAAAAGAGUGAAUUUUUGAAAGCAUUGAAAAGGGACAGAGUAGAAGAGGAACAUGAAGAUGAAAGUCAUGCUGGCUCAGAGAAGGAGGAAGAUUCGUUUAAUUUGCACAACAGCAAUAGUAGUCAUCAAGAGAGGGAUAUAAAUCGAAACUUUGAUGAAAGUGAGAUUCCACAAGAGAAUGGCAAUGCCUCAGUGCUUUCUCAACAGAUCAUUCGGUCUUCAACUUUUCCACAAACCGAUGUGCUUUCAAGUUCACUUGAAGCAGAACACAGGUUGUUAAAGGAAAUGGGCUGGCAGGAAGAUAGUGAAAAUGAUGAAACAUGUGCUCCUUUAACUGAGGAUGAAAUGAGAGAAUUCCAAGUUAUUAGUGAACAGUUACAGAAGAAUGGUCUGAGAAAAAAUGGUAUUUUGAAAAAUGGCCUGAUCUGUGACUUCAAGUUUGGACCCUGGAAAAACAGCACUUUCAAACCCACUAUUGAGAAUGAUGACACAGAGACAAGUAGCAGUGACACAUCAGAUGAUGAUGAUGUGUGAAGAAUUUCCUAACAGCUUUAGAAAUUUUAGUGUGACACAUCUCUCAUACUGUUUGGGGUGAAUUGUAAAAAUGAAGAACUAUAAUUUAUGUAGUAAAAUACCCCAUUAGAAGAUGAUUUUUUUGGGGGACUUCAAUAUGAAGAAAACCAAGAAUGUUGUGUUGGGCUGUGUUGAACAUUAUUUCUUUGUAAAUGAAUGUUGUAGAAAUGAGGACUUUGGUUGAUCCAGCAUUGACUUUUCUUCAUCACUGCAGCAUUUCUCUGACUAGCAAUGUGACGAUGUAACAAAUGAGAUUUUCUCAUUUAAUAAUAAAAAAUUGUGUAAUG